UGUUCUGUUUUUAGCCUUUUAAAAGUUAGAGUCAAGAUUUAGAUUCUAGACCUGGAUCUAGACUAUAGAUAUAAUCUAGACUCUAGUCUAGACUGAUUAGAGAUCAGUAAGAUCUAGAUCUAGGCAGAUCUAGAUCUAUAAUGUCUGUAUAGACUUGAUCUAAACAUUAGAUCUAGAUUCUAAUGUAAAGUAAUUCAUUAAUGAUUAAUUGGACACUAAUCAUCAUUCAUGGCGGACAAAGAAGUCAAAAAACGCAUGUACAGAUCUCCAAAACUCUCACUUUUGGAGACUGUGACCAAAGGACUGAUGGCUGAUCCAAAGGAGAUCCAGUCAAGGUUCACCAUUAAGUUUGACGAGGGCAAAGGUAGAGGCGUAUAUUUGGCAAUACCCAUUCUAAAGAAAUACUCCUUUGUGCUUGAAUAUGAGGGCGAUCUCAUCUCGGAAUCUGAGGCAACUAGCCGGGAGCAAAUCUAUGCGCACAACAACGAAGGAUGUUAUAUUAUGUCUUUCAUGUUUAAAGGGAUGAAAAUGGCCAUAGAUGCAACCCGCUGUUUUCACAGCUACACCAGGCUCCUCAAUCACUCAAGACACCCCAACAUAAGAUUUCAUAGACCAUUGAUUGUUGACCUUAAAGGUGGAAGGCCCAGAAUUGGAGCAUAUGCUUUACGAGACAUCAGCAAGGGGGAGGAAAUUGUCUUUGACUAUGGUGUAAGAGAUGGUUCUAUCCCUUGGCUGAGGAGCAGAAAAGCAGGUUAUUGUUCCAAUAUUGACUCCAGCUCAGAGGAAGAAGACAUUGCUUCCAGCGAUAAGACUGGCACAGAAGCCAGUGAAAUCACUAUGAGGCUUCUUUCUCCUAAAAAGAAGGUUGCUGUGAAUGAACACUUUGAUGUACCAUCAGCCUCUCAAGAUUCUGCCUCCCAGUCAUCUACCUCACAUGCUUCAACCUCCACAUCACAACCAAUGACACACUUGCACUUGAACAAAAAUAGGGUGAAAUGGGCACCACUCUUAAGUGAUCGUAGGUCCAAAUGUGGUUGGAGAUUUACUAGAGUGACUGGAAACAGCUAUAUCAUGGGUCUGGAGAGUGAGGGCUGUCCUCAGAAAAUAUGCAGGUCUCUGGAAGAGGGUUACAAGAAAAAAAGGAACAAAAGUGAAGAGGAAUCAGUUUGCAUGUCCAUAUCUGAUGAGUCUAUAUCAACUAAUUCUGCACAGAGCUCUGCAAUGGAGAAUAUACCAUCAACUGUUCCACAAGGCGAUUAUUCUUAUGUUAAUAAAGUUCUUGAUUGGUUGCCUAGUAUGGAAAUAAGAAUAGAAAAAGUACAAAGCCUAAGUGAGCCUGGGGAAAAGUCCAUUGAAAGUCAGCAACAACAGUCUGUGUGUAUCAUAGAUGAUUCAUCUGAGGAUGACAAUGUCACCUCCAGAAAUCCCAUCAGUUCUCAGACUUUGUCUGAUAUGGUAAUUGAGGAUGACAGUGUCCCCUCCAGAAAUUCCAUCAGCUCUCAGAUUUUGCCUAAUGAGGUAAUUGAAGACGACAAUGUCGCCUCCAGAAGUCCUAUCAGUAAUCAGAUUUUGUCUGAUGUGGUAAUCGAGACGCCAACUCGGGCAAAUGUGAAAAAGACUAAAAGAAACCUCAGAAGACUUCAGCAAGAUGUUUUUGUUAUCUCAGAUGAUGAAUCAGGGAAUAUUUUAAAACCAAGAAAGUCUACCUCUUCUGGUCCUUUGCAGGUAGCUGUUGUAAAACCAUACAGUGCAGAUCAGAGUUGUAUUUAUGUGCCAGACAGCCCGCACAGUGAUGUAACACUUUGCCCAGAAAGCUCUGAAAGUGAAAGCAUAAGGAUCAACCUUGAUGUCUAUGAACUAGAGCACUUAGAAUCCAUGUUUCAGAGCUAUAUAUAUUCCGAUAAUUUUUCCACAGAGGAGAUAAAAGAGACCAUUGAAAAGAACUGGUGUUUUUUUGAAAGCCUUUUAAAAAGAGGGAUUUCUGUGGAUGAAAUAAGAUCUACAGUGAGGAGGUUUUUCAGUACCAACUCUUACACUUCUGACAUUUUCUAAUCAUUUAGCAUAUUAUGUCAAGGCAGCUUUUACUACAUGUUGUAACGUGAACAAUACCAUAAGACAUUUUUAUUGAGUCUGUUAGUUUUACUUUCUUGUAACUCUUGUUCAUUUUUAUUUUCCUGAAAAAAAAACAACAAACAAAUACACUGGUCUGUUCAAAAUGCAUGUGACAGCCUACAUGAUCCUUAGGUUUCAUUUCUUCUUUUUUCCGUCAAAAAAAAAAAUUGGACUUUUAUUUAUUUAAAUAUUUUAGUGUCAAUUAAAAUAGAUCCAUAUUGUAUUUAAACCUUAUUAUUUUAAAUUUGAAUGAAUUCCUUAUUAUUUUAAAUUUGAAUGAAUUCUUCAAUUAUUUAAUAAUACUGCCAAUUAGAUAGAUCUGUACUAUAACUACUAAUACUAAUGAUCCAAGAAGUUUUCAAGGGUCGCUGGGAUGGAUUACGUCCCCUAACUAGGAAAUUCAAUAAAUUAACACAUUUAAAAUCUCAUGAAACAAGACUGGCUACAUAAACCUAAUUUUGGGUAUGUUAUAUAAUGAUCUCUUAUAUAUUAAAAGAUUAUAGUGUGUGUUAAACUAAAGACAGGUUUAUGUUUCAAUUGGUACUUUUCAAGCUAGCCAGUUUAUUAUAACUAGCUUUGACUUUUGUAGAUACUCAUUUUUAUGGGCUGUUAAGUUGGGAUAUAGAUCAGUAAAAGUUUUCUACUUAGAAAGUAAAUAAUUUUCAAAGCGGGAAAUGAGUGGUGGAUUGUGGGUUAUUAUGUUUUUAAUGAUAAUUAAUUUUAAAUUUUGUUUCCAUUUUAGUGGUUAUUAGGCUUUGCAAUUUCAGAUAAGAGCUUAGGUUUCAGCUGCAAAAGACUGAUGAGAAGAAAUUGUGUAACUAUUUGGCCUUAUCAAAUUUCCCAAACAUUAGUAUUUAUUUAACAUAAAUCGACACUUUUAAUACAUAUUGUGCUACAACUUUGUAAUGUAAUUUUUGAAGAUAAUGUAAAGUUGGUCAUUUCUUAUGUUAUUACAUGAAAUUAUUCUAUUUCUUUUUUUUUUUUUAAGUAGAUUUUUUGUUACAAUAACUGGUCUUAAUUAAGAGGUAUUUAGUAUGGUAAUAGAGAAAAAGAUAAAACAUUUAAAAUUAUUAAAAAACUUCUUACAAAAUUGUGAAACGAUUUUUAGAAAAAAUACUCAAAUUAAAAGAACAUUUAAAAUUAAAAUUUAUAGUUACAGAAAUCUUAUUUUAUAUUUUUAUCUUAGUUAUAUUAUUUGAUUGAUUAAAUUAUUAUUUUUUUCUUCAAAUAGCUAGAGAUUACAUUUUAUAUAAAUGUUAACUGUAUAUCAUCUAUUUUGUCUCCUAUAUUUUGCAACAGAAAUAAAAGUACUGACCAAUUGGUGAGCAAAGUUUAUCAAACUUUAUUUUAGGUCUUGACCAACUGUUAAUGUUUAGUUGUUGGUUUUUUUCAUUUGGUUCAGCUAUUUUUAACUGUUGAGUAGUUACUAUGUAACAUUGUCAUAAGUUGUUUUUUUUUUUUUUAAAUGCAUUAAAAUUAUGUUUUUAAAUAAAAAAUGGAAAACAAAAAAUAACACAACAUGACGUUAAUUUUUUUUUGUUGUUCAAUAACUCUAUAGAAAAAAACAACACUUUCUUAAAUUAUUUCUUGCUCAGCCUACCUUCUGUUGUAGCCAGCGAAAACAACAACUUAUGGCUUAGACAAAUCAAUACUUCCCUUUCCUUAAAAUAUUGCUAAAUAAUCAUUUUGCUUGAAUUAUUUUAUUAAUUGAUUUUAUGUUUUUAAAUGGAAUAGAAUGAUACUCUUGGGAUGACUACAGUAACAAAGUAACUUUUUCUUUCCCUGACUGUUAACAGGUGUUUGUUAACUCAGUUCAUCAGUAAUAAAAAUUUAUCCACAUUAUUUUUAAUAGUAUACAUUUCAGUUUGCAGAAAGCACAGUAGGACCUCAUCCAUUGCUAAAUGACUUAAAAUUCAAUGUAUUCUUAUUUAUUACCGGUAAAUCCACUCACUCAGAGUGUUUCAUUAAAAUAUCUGUUUAAGAUGAGAGCUUAUGCAGUAGCUCAUUGGUAAAUAGUUCCAUGUAAAGAUUGUCUAGGCUAUGUAACUAAAUGGGUAAUGGAAUCAAAAGUUCAUCAAUCUUAUUGGCAUAAGUAAGAUUUAUGUGUCCAACACAAUGACCAGCCAUAUUUACCUUUCACAGCUGAUGACAGGCAAGAUUAAAACUGUACCUGCAGUUUUAACAGCUUAGUGUUAACUCUACUACCAGAGCAAUGAUCUGAUGAUAUAAUUCAUUUAUGUGUAUCAUAGUACGCCAUACAUGUUUUAAAGAAAUGAAAAUCAUUUUGGACUAUUUAAGUUUAUAAAUAAUUUAAAGCAACCAACUCAAAUUUUCUUUAAUAAAGUAUACAACUUUUUGUUCAUUUCUUUUAAGCAGAAGUGCAGAAAAUACUCUAUUUCUGAAGAAAAACAAAUGCACUUGUAUUUUUUUGUUGCAUUUUUGUUUUUGAAGUUUAUUGUUUUUAAGAAUUUUGUUUUGUCACCAGUUCUUUUUGUUUUCUUAUUUUACAACAAACAGUUGUUUACAUUAACACUUUGGUUUUAAAAGCUGUACAUUAUCCGCAGCAAUUGACCUAUUUAUCCCAUAAGUUUUACUUCAAGUAAAUAACCAUGUAUCUUCCCCCCCCCCCCCUACAAAUUUUUAUCAUUGUACAAAAAAAAUGUUAAUUUUUUGUAGUCAUAAAUAAAUUGAAACUAUUAUAACUACGCAAGAUUUUGUUACAAACAUUUAUCUCUAAGCCAUUUGAAAACUAUUUUUGUUUACAAAUGACUUUGCAAUUUUUUCUCUUAUUGAGAGUGAUCAUAAAUAAACUUUUUUUUUUGUUAGCACAAUACAAUGUGAUAUUUAAUAUAAACUCCCAAUGCAGUACAAUGUUAAUGGUGUUUUUUCUUUUAAUUUAAAGAGUUUUUGAAUGGCAAGUAAUCUUUUCAGUGGGUUAGAUGUUAAGAGCUUUUUAGUUUCUACAUAUUGUUCUUCUAAAAGUUCCUGUACUGCAGGCCAAGCAUAGAAAUGAAAUGAUUAUGAGGCAUUUAUUUGUUUAUCUAAUUUUUUUGUUCUAUUUUUAUGUUGUUUUUUUUUUUGUUUUUUUUUUAGUAUUUUUAUUUAAAAAAAAAGAUUAUAUGUAUAUAUAUAUAUAUUUUACCAUUUCUUUUUCUUUAUGAGUCAUUUAGGAAACUUUUUUUGAAAGGGAUUUAAGAGUGAAUGGGUGAAACAUUUUUAGAAUGUGAUUGAAAACUAGAUUAUUACUCAUAAGAUUUAACUUUCAAGUACCUGUAUUGUUAUUUAUACCAUGAUUGAUAAUUUUUAAGAUGUUGUUCUUUUAUUACUGCUAACUUUGAUUGAGUAGGUUUUGGUUGCCAUGUUUGCAUUACCUAUGAAGAAGCACAGUGCUAAUCCCCUUGCUCUUAGAACAAGCAUGGUACUUUUUUUCAUGUACAAGAAACUGAAAGUUAAAAUAUAGAUAAUAAUAAUUAUAAAAAUUUGUUGCUUUCUUUUGCCCUGUGUUUUCUUGUCCCACCUGUUGUCUACAUUUUGAAAUGAAAUUUCAUCCUGCACAGCUACAUAGAGAUAGAUAAAUAAUUGUAGCCUCAGAUUAAAAUAUAAUAUAUAAUGUUAUCAUCCAUUAGGCGUAAAGGGGAAAAAAAAAGCAAUAAUUAGAUCCAAAUAAAAAAAAAAUUGGUUUUUGUUCUCUGGAGCAAUUAUCAAAGUUAAUUAAACUCCUUACUUUAUUACAUCUUUUAGACAUUAAAAAGUAAACACUAAAGAAAAUAAUUUCAUAAUUCAUAAAAUUGAUUGAAAAUAUGAUUAGGAUUUUUGAGAUUUUAAUGCAAUAAAUGGUAAAAGAAUAAUAGAAACACCAAGACCAUGUAGAAAACAGACUACUCAAUUUUAUUGUGCAUUUAGCUUAAAAAAGAAUAUCUCCAUCCUUGGUUUUUUUUAAAACUUAAAAUUAUAGCACUUUUAAAACAAUUGUGCCCUGUAGAGUAUAGCCUACCAAACAUUGUAAAUUCAGUACAGACCAUUUCAUAAAAAUAAAUGAGAAAUUGUACAUUUAGCAAGUGCUGGAUAAUAAAUAUGUGCAGGAACUAAUAGUUAAACUUGACAGUGUAAACAAACAAAAUCAUUAAUUAUGUUUUAAACUGUGAGAACAAAGUAGAAUGUGCAGGACAAAAUCAAAUCUUUAUUUCAGCUUCAUCUUUGUUCAAUUAUAUUCACACUUGAACAUAUGUUUUUUGUUUGUUUUAACAACCAAGUUGAGACCUGAUUAUAGAGAGCUUUUUCAAUAUUCAAAACAAAAAAGAAACUAUGAAUGAUAGCUGUAGGCAUUUGUUCUGGUUUGAGAUAAAUAAGACUUGUAUAACUAUUUCAAAGAAAAAUGAUGGCAUUAUCCAUAGUAUGUAUAUUCUAUGUAUAAUUUCAUUCUAGAACUUUGAAGGAAAUGUAUUGGGCAAGAUUAAAAACUUUUUUAUGUAAAGAAAUCUCAUCUUUGAUUUAAAUUAAGAAAUUAUUAUUAUUUAGGAUUUUUAUAAUGUACAUUUUAAUUGUAUUGACCACAGAAAAAAAAAGAAUUGGCCACUAUAUAAAUAUAAAAUCCCAUAAGAUGAUAGUUUUUGAAAAAAAAAAGGGGUUGGGGGAAUUUACUAAUUAAUGCAUUAAAAAAAAACAAAGAUAAGAAAAUGCAUAAUUCAAUAUUGUUUUUAAACUAUUACAAAAUAUAUUUAAAAUCCUGUCAUGUCAUAAAUUUGUUUACAGGCAUUUAUUUGUAGUCUACCAACAAUCUUAGCCUGUUAAAAAAAAUAGAAACUAGUCAGAAUUUAUUGGUGUCACUGGUUCCAUGCCUUUGAGUAUUGUGCAGUAGUGACAGUGUUUGGUUUUGAAAUGAAUCAGUACAUUGUGUUUUAACUAUCACUCAUUAUAUCUAAUAUAUAUUUUUUGGUGUAUGGCUUUGUAUUGAAGAAUCCCAAAUGUAACAUGUUUUAACACUAAGUGACAGUUUUGUCUGACCUACAAUGACAAAUGCACCAACCGUAUCACAUAUUUUAUUUUCUGGAACAUGAGCAUGUUGGUGAAUUAAACAUGUUUAUUAUAA